CGCUAACGUCCGGAAUUCCGUUUGGCAGAGGUUUUAGUUUAUCAUUCACUCGCGGGAAGAGCAGAGAGAUAGAAAUGGGAACCCGAUCGGAGAAGGAAAAGGAUCUGGAACGGCUGAUUCCGGUGGUGGUCGGCGGUACCUUGGAGAACGGGGCGUGCUCCAAAUCUUCUUUCCCUGACGAAAAUUCCCCGUCUCCUCCUUCCUCUUACUCCACCGGCAAAGAGGCGAUAAGCAAGGUGAUUCGCAGCUGGGCUUGGAAAAAGUUCAUUACUGGAUGUGUCAUCUUAUUUCCCAUAGCUAUGACCUUUUACAUAACAUGGUGGUUCAUUUGUUUUGUGGAUGGCUUCUUUUCUCCAAUAUAUACUCACCUGGGAAUAAAUGUAUUCGGUCUUGGAUUUGUGACCUCCAUCACUUUCAUCUUUCUGGUUGGGGUGUUCAUCUCCUCAUGGUUAGGUGCUUCUGUACUUGGUUUAGGAGAAUGGCUGAUCAAAAAGAUGCCUCUGAUGGGCUAUGUCUACUCAGCUUCCAAACAAAUCAGUGCAGCAAUUUCAACAGAUCAUAAUUCUCAAGCCUUCAAAGAAGUGGCAAUAAUAAAGCAUCCCCGAGUGGGAGAAUAUGCACUGGGCUUCAUCACCUCAACUCUGGUUCUCCAGAAGAGUUCAGGCCCAGAGGAACUCUGCUGCGUUUAUCUCCCGACCAAUCAUCUCUACCUCGGCGAUAUCUACCUUGUGAACUCCAAGGACAUCAUGAGGCCAAAUCUAUCUGUUCGAGAAGGCAUAGUUGUGGAAUGAUGCAGAAAUCGUGAUUUCCGGUGGGUUGUCUAUACCGAAGAUACUGACUAUAGUGGAUGCGCAGUCGAUACUAUCUCCGCGAGCUGGGAAAUUUGCAAUUCCACAUGUCUAAUUUACUGUAAGAAAUUUUUGAAGAGCUGAGCAUUGACACGCCAAUAAUCCAAGUUCAUCGUUGCCCAAUAGCAUUGCCAUCUCCACUACACUGUGAUUGGUUAAACUAGUUGUCACUUUGAUGGUGCUGUAAGUAUGCAAGCAAUUGCUCCCUCAAAGAAGAAGCAUUAGCACCCUGUAAUUUUACCCUAAAACAACUCGACUUCAACUUCACAAUGGAAGUUUUUUCUUCUUUGCCUAUGGAUUUAUACCUUUUUAGCUGUCAGAAGUAAAAUAUCGUGACACAUCAUAAUUGUUUUAUUAUUAUAAUAUUUCAAGUUAUAGCGUUGGAUAA